GUCACAACUGUCGUCCACCAUUUUCAUGCUUCUAUGAUGCUAGAAAAAAGUCCGGGUAAAUCGCAAUCAAACGAACAAGUUCGAGUGGCAUAGGCCCCGCAGCCCCUCAAAGUACUUAAAAACGCCCCCCUUAUGCUCACACCACAGCAAUAACCGUUUCAAAUGGAAGGCGAACAGUUCUCUCUCUGUUGGAACAAUUUCCACAGUAACCUAAGCUCGGGUUUCAACUCUUUACUCAAAGAUGAGGAUUUAGUCGACGUUACUUUGGCUGCCGGCGGCCGCUUCAUGAAAGCACACAAAACCGUCUUGUCCGUGUGCAGCCCCUUUUUCAAAGACUUGUUCCGCGCGAAUCCCAGCAAACACCCGAUUGUCAUACUCCCGGACGUCAACUACAACGCUUUAUGCAACUUGCUGCAGUUCAUGUAUCAGGGCGAAGUCAGUGUGAGUCAGGAGGAAAUCCCCACGUUCAUGAGGGUUGCCGAGAUGUUGAAAGUUAAGGGUUUGACAGACAACAGCUCGUCGCCGUCGUCGUCCAGUGAGUCGAACGGUUACAGCGGAACCAGCCGCAGCCCCUAUCUCUCCGACCAAAGACAGAUGAUGAAAAGACCCCAGCGACCUGUCAAAAAAGUGAUAAAACCCGUACAGCCGCUGAGGCCCAUCGAAAGUCCCAAACCUCCGCAGUCGCCGCACCCUCCACCCGCCAAAAAAGCGCUCAUUAUAGAGGAGGCGAUGCGGCAGGAGGAGCAGGAGUUUCCCGAAGCUCUGAUUAAACCCAAAGAGGAGCCCCAGGAUGACACCGAAAGCAACGCGUCGCAGAAAUUCGAGGACAACAGCAUGGAUUUGUCGACCAUGUUGGAUUCAAAACUGGGGGAGUCGUCAAAGUGGCAGACCCCUGAGUUGAACAAACCUCAGGAUUCGUCGACGCCAGGAACCCUGCAGUGCAUUCUGGGAAGACGGGGUAAUCCACGUCUGAUUGUUGAUGGUUACGUCUUCUAUAAGAAGAGCGUUUACAAAGGAAAGGCGUUUUGGUACUGUAAAAAUAGUAGGACACCUGAAAAAUGUCAGGCCGUUUGUUGGACAAUGAACGGCAAUAUAGUAAAGUGGCCGUAUAUGCACACUCAUCCGGUCAUUCCAGACGUGUUUAACCCAGACGAAGACACGGAAGUUCCUAUACAAAAUUUACAAGAGGUUUUGUGGCAGACGUCGUACAGUUAAGAAGACACAAAACUGAAUUUCGUUCUUAACUGCCAUUUUGCGUAAAGUUUGUGAUAUUAUUUGACUCGUUAUUUUAAUUUCUGGUAAAUUCAAAGGGUACAACUGAAAUGUAUGUCAAAAUUGACAAAGUUUGUGUCUAUUGUGUAUAUACAGACUGUUAGGUCUCUAUAUUUUACACAGGUAGAUUAGGUGCCAUUUAUACCAAUCAGAUUAAGUUCUGUCAAUCUCUCUUACCCCUAGGUGUAGUCUUUUAUUUUGAAAGUGAUUUUUGAGACUGUCGUAUUUUAUCUCGUUUAUAAACAUUAACUGUAAGUUUUUCUUAAUAAAGCGAUUUUUAAAUCCGA